UCUCUCUCUGUCUGUCAGAUCAGGAUGGCAGGAGCAGGUGAACCAUUAUAUCAGGAUCAGUUUAUCUGUCCGAUCUGUUUAGAUCCACUGGAGGAUCCAGUCACUAUUCCCUGCGGACACAGUUACUGUAUGGGCUGUAUUAAGGGCUGCUGGGAUCAGGAGGAACCAAAGGGAAUCUACAGCUGCCCGCAAUGCAGACAAACCUUCAGCCCAAGACCCGCUCUCAACAAAAACACCAUGUUUGCUGAAGUGGUGGAGAAACUAAAGAAGACAGGACUUCACGUUUCCGCCCCCGCUCGCCGUCACGCGGAACCCGGAGACGUGGAGUGUAGCGUGUGCAGCGGACGUAAGCUCAGAGCGGUCAAGUCCUGUUUCGUGUGCUUGGAUUCAUAUUGUGAAAUUCAUUUCAGAUAUCACGAAGAACUGCACUCCGGAAAGAAGCACAAGGUUAUCGAUGCCACCAGAGACCUCCAGGGGGCAGUGUGCUCUCUCCACGACGGGCUGAUGAACCUUUACUGUCACACUGACCAGAAAUGCAUUUGCCAACAGUGCGCAGUAGAGGAACACAAGGACCACGUUACCAUAACAACUGUCGCCAAGAGGACGGAGGUCCAGAGACAGCUGGGAGAGGUACAGAAGGAGUUCCAACAGAAAAUCCAGGAGAGAGAGAAAGAAGUACAGGAACUGAGAAAGGCAGUGGUUCUCUGUAAGCGGACCGCGCAAGCCGCAGUAGACAACAGCGAGAGGAUCUUCACCGAACUGAUCCAGUCUGUUGAGAGAAAGCGCCGCGAGGUGACAGACCUGAUCAGAACUCAGGAGAAGGCCCAACUGGGUCGGGCCGAAGGACUCCUCGACCGACUGGAGCAGGAGAUCGCUGAGCUGAGGAGAAGAACUUCUGGUCUCGAUCAGCUUUCGCACGCGAACAAUGACGUCCACUUCCUCCGGACCCAGCCGGCGUCGCUGUGA